UGCGUUACUUUGCUCUCUGUUGCUUCCUUGCCCGUCGCCCGUCGCCCUAAUCAGUCCAAAUUUGUCUUAUAAAAUUUUCGUCUCCAAAAUUUUAUCCCCUUUCGCAUAUUUUGUGAGGGAGGAUAAACCAGAACCUAUAAGUGAAUAAUCAAAUUCAGUGCUUCCUGGACUGAUUGUUGAAAUUGUGAGUCGGACGAGGUGCAGAAGUGAGAAUGGGUUGGGGUCACCUGGGAAGAACUGGGCAAUCCAAGAGGGGUGAGCCGAGCACCAGUGCGGAGGCUGCUCCCGGAAACACCGAACAAUCCGUGCCUCGGCAAUUCCCCCGGGCGGCUCAGCCUGAGAUCAUGAGAGCGGCCGAGAAGGAUGAUCAGUAUGCCUCUUUCGUUUAUGAAGCCUGUCGCGAUGCCUUCCGUCACCUCUUUGGUACUAGAGUUGCAGUUACCUACCAAAGCGAGACAAAACUAUUGGGACAGAUGCUUUACUAUGUGCUGACAACAGGUUCAGGACAGCAGACGCUUGGAGAGGAAUAUUGUGACAUCACUCAGGUUGGAGGACCUUAUGGACUUCCUCCUACUCCUGCAAGGCGUGCUCUUUUCAUUGUAUACCAGACAGCUGUUCCAUAUAUUGCAGAUCGAAUAAGUUCUAGAAUUGCUUCCCGAGGCAUUGCCCUCUCUGAUUCACAAUCUGCUGAGGUCUAUGGCGAAAAUGGUACCAUUAGGAGUAGUGAAUUUCAAACUUCUGAUGCGAGGGAACUUCCCUCUUCUGCAUCAGGGCAAUCUCUUACAACUCUGACAAGGUUGAAGGGGAAACUGAGAGGACUUUGGUUGCAUGUUGUUCAGAGAUGGCCUACGAUGCUUCCUAUGGUUCGUGAGUUGUUGCAACUGGUUCUUCGUGCUAAUCUUAUGUUCUUCUAUUUUGAAGGUCUCUAUUACCAUAUAUCAAAACGUGCUGCAGGAAUUCGAUAUGUCUUCAUUGGAAAGUCAUUGAAUCAAAGGCCCAGAUAUCAAAUUCUGGGUGUAUUUCUAUUGAUUCAGCUCUGUAUAAUUGCUGCCGAAGGGCUACGUCGGAGCAAUUUAUCUUCAAUUGCGAGUUCAGUUCAUCAGACAUCCUUUGGGGCGCACCAGAGAUCAGCAGGACGAGGUUUGCCUGUUUUAAAUGAGGAGGGUCUCCCAGUAUCGUCAGACACAGACAAAGGAAAUUGGUUAUCUGACACUACACAUUCGGAGUCCCAAGCAGCUAGUGGAGUGGCCAAAUGCACGCUCUGCCUGAGUAAUCGGCAGAACCCAACAGCCACUUCCUGUGGCCAUGUAUUUUGCUGGAACUGUAUAACGGAAUGGUGCAACGAAAAGCCAGAAUGCCCUCUUUGCCGCACCCCCUUAACCCACUCAAGUCUAGUGUGUCUCUAUCAUUCAGACUUCUAGAAUCUGCCUCUUGUCAGCAAAGACCCUUAAUCUUCUAUUUAUCACCGAUAAGAGAGGCAUCAAAGGAUUUUUUCCGCCUUGUAUAGGAAAAUAGUACAAGCUAAGAGUGAGGCAUUUGGUGUAGGGAUCUUCUAAAGCUAGAGGACGACUUUCCCAAAAUUUGUUGGUGAAAUCCCAGUCUAGUUAAUCCAACCAUUUUUCUAUAGACAUGUGUUUUAUUUUUAGAAAGCAAUCAAAUUUCGGCUUCCACUUAAUUUCUCCUGCGUUGAAUGUGAAGUUCCUUCAUCCUCCUCCUUGCUUCAUCAUCCAUGUUGCCGAUUUAGAGCGUGUUUGGUUCUACGUUUGAAAAUUACAAGCCUGCCUAACCUGGAGGUAUAACACUGGAGAGAUGAGCAAAGCAAAUGUUCAAAAAAAUUAGACAAUUGGAGUAAUUAGAAUCAGGGAAUUCCUAAGCAAACAAUCCAGACAAGAUGGUAACCAAAGUCGUAGGGCUUACCUCUGUACAAAUCAAAGAUUCUCGCUUGAGGGUGCAGAAUAACAAGACAGCAGGGAUGGCGACGAAGAGCGCGGAGAGCGGAGAGGGAGUACGUUUUGUGUUUCCUGCCUUUUUAUUUAAACAAUGGAUGACAAUCUGGUCACUGUAUAUUUAUUCUCCCUGUUUUUUUUUUUUGGUGAAUGUAUAUUUAUUCUCUUUGUAGAGGAACUCUCGUGGCCUUUUACCAUAAUUUCCAUAAAUUAAUUCGUAAAUCUCUGUAAUUUUAUCA